AUGUCGCCCUCCAAAGACGGCCCAGGAUCGGGAACGUCGACGCCAAAGAUUGCAAUAAAAGGCUUUUCACUGUCCUCGAGAUCCUCCUCUUCAAAACCCGGCGCCAAACCCCUCCCCUCAUCUUCGCUUGGAAAGAGACCGCGCUCUCAUUUCGCAGCGCACGACGAUUCCGAUUCAGAAGGCGAGAAUGGAAAGGCGAAGCAUGAAAGUGUUGUGGCGUUUGGUAAUGGACGCGCAAUAAAGCAUGAUGAGAAGACGAAGGAGCCGCUCGUUAUUCAGAGAGUGGGGAAUAGGGAUUGGAAGAGUGAGGCGAGGAGCAGGAUACAGUCUCAUCAUGGGAGUAGUGGUGGAGUGCGAGGAGGGGUUGGUGAGGGGGUGGGGCAGAUCAGGGAGAGGAAGAAUUUGUUGCCGGAGGAGGUGCAGGCCAUGCGAGCAGCGCAAAAGAAUGGAGAGAAGAAAGUAGAAGGCGUGGAUGUGGUUAAUAGUCAGGAUGGGGAGAUUAAGUGGGGGUUGAGUGUUAGGAAACGGCCUGAACCUGCAGCGGAACUAGAACUAGCUCCCUCAUCUACAGAAAAUGGCACAGAGAAGGACGAGAAGGACAAUGAGGUCAAAGAGGAAGAGAGGCCCCGCGAACAAACAAUCGACGAAGAAGCCCUAGCCGCCCUUACAGGAGUCCAAAAAGAGCGCAAAGGCCCAGAUCUCAUCAUCCGCGCCGAACCCCUCACAGAAGAAGAGGCCUACCGCCGCUCCGUCGCGACGGCGCCUGACCCCUCGACACUAGAAGACUACGAGCGCGUUCCAGUUGAAGAGUUCGGUGCUGCGUUGCUGAGGGGGAUGGGUUGGAAUGGCGAGGAGAAGGGGAAGGUUCGGGAUGUGAAGAGGAGGCAGAAUUUAUUGGGCCUUGGGGCGAGGGAGUUGAAGGAUGCGGAAGAGUUGGGGGCGUGGGUGGGGAAGAGUGAUGUUAAGAGGUUGAAUGGUGGAGAUAGAGGGGGUAGGGGUGGUGGAAAGGGGGGAGAGAGGAGACCGAGGGUUAAUGAGUUUUUGAGGGAGAAGGAGGUGAGGGAUCAGAGGCGGGAGGAGAGGGGUGGGGGAAGUUAUAGGAGGGAGAAGGAGAGGGAUAGUGGGAGAGACAGUGGACGGGAUAGUGGAAGGGAUAGAGAUGGGCAUCGAGAGCGGGAGAGGGAUCGUGAUCGAAGACGUUAA